CAUAUAAUUCAUGCUUAAAUACUAAUAUUUUAUUGAUACUUGUAAAAACAAAGGGCAAUAAAUUCCUUAAUUAUGUGAUAUAGUUAAGGAGAAGAUUUUGAUUGGAUAUUCCGAUUUAGAAAUAUGGUUUUCUAUAAAAAAAUAUAGCGAUCAUAUUGAUUAAGUGGUACAUUCUAAAUAAUUAAAGGGAAUAGAAAAAGAUAUGGGAUCAAACAGAUUAAGUUAAUUGCAAGUCUUCCUUAGAUAGUUUUCUUCAUAGUUAUGCUGUUGAAGUAACAAUGAAUGUUUUUAAAUUUAGAUUCAUAAUGUAUUUGUGAAAUACAAAUAACACUUGGAGAAAGUGAAACAAUUAUAAUUGAUAGAUAAAAGAAUAUCAAAAAUAGUUUAGGAUAAAAUUAGUUAUGAGGAAAUGGAUGCAAAUAAAUCAAUGCAAAUAACAUUUUAAAUAUUAAAAGUUGAGGAAUUUAAUAUAUUAGAUUUUUAGAAAGAUGAUAAAAAUUAUAUUUAUACAUUAGAAUUAUCCUAUUAAACAUUGUUAAGAAAGAUUAAGGGAAAUGUUGAGACAGUUGCAUAGAGAUUAAAUUUUGAAUAAGAGAUGAUAAUAGAUUUGAAUAUAGAUAUUGGAACUUUACAAAUAAAUUUGUUUUAAGAAUAUGAUAAUGAGUAAAUAUGUAUAGCUUAACGUAAUUUGGAUCCAUUCACACAUUUAAAUGAAGAUUCAAAGUAGUUUCCAUUAAAGAUUAAUGGCAAGAAUAAAUACAUUAAUCUAGAAAUGAAGAUCACUUGUUUAGAUGAUGUAAAUGGUUAUUUAAGAACUAGAUAAAAAUAUUUAAGAGAUUAAUAUGAAAAAUUAUAUAAGUAUGAUUAUGAUUUCAUAAUAGGAAAUGUCAUAAAUAUAAAACAAAAUUAACAUUGUUACUGAAACCGUUUUAAUUGAUAAAAUUCGAUGAUGAGAACAUCUAUCUACAAAAAUUUCAGUAAAAGUAAUAAAAUAAGGAAUGUUGGAGCUGCAUUAUAUAAUGAAACCC